GUGCCUAAGAAGCUUUUCCGCGGAGAACCCUUUUACGUGCAUAGAUGCAUUAGGUACAUAUACAAUUAUGUACACUACGUUAGGUAAGGAUAUGUAGGUACCUACAUGUAGGUAUCAAAUGUGGCUUGAGUUUUCCAGACAUACAUGUACAUCGGUACUUCCAGCACCAGCCACAACAACCACCAAAAGCCCCACCAAAAACUUCAUCGCAUUCAUUCGGAUUCUCGAUUGCAGUGACAUCGUCAAUCUGCAACUCCUCAACCCUUGCCUGUCAACCGCCCGACGGUCGCUCAAUCUAGACAAUGGCGAAGAAACCAAAGGCCCGUCUGCUCUCCGUGCGCCUUCUCUCCAUGGCCAUGACCGGUUUCUUCUACACCUACUCCCGCCCGCGGACGUCACGGCCCAUGAGCAUGCUCAAAUACGACCCCAUCGUUCGGAAAAAGGUACUAUUCCUUGAACAGAAGCGGAAAGGGAAAUAAAUAGUCAGGAACCGACCCCUCGUCUUAUAAGACACAAAGUCUCCCUUCUGCGAUGAGACGUACCUAUCGUACGGGACCGCGGCCGCCCGCUCCUCUCGAGGGUUCUCGGAUACGUAGAAGCUUUAGUCUGAAUAGACUCUUUACGAAUAUCUCCAAGAAUUAAAUGUAUAUAUAUACCUACCAAUGUACAGUACUCCGAUUAGAGCUGUUCCAUGAUGGCUUCUACACACCUUUGCCAGGUAUUAGACGGCGCGCAACAUGGGAAAUAAAAGAUCUAUUACUAUAUUAG